CCACUCUUCAAUCUCCUUCACCGGCUUUGGUGGAUUCAAAUAUGGUCAAUGAUCAACUUGAUCAUAAAAACAAGUCUAGAAGAACUUCUUUUGUCACUCCAGAAAAGUUACUCAUUCAAAAACAUAAACAUCAACAUCGUCAAGAUCAACCACUCAACUCUCCUAAAGAUCCUCCUUCCUCUCCUUGGUCUCCUGCACCUAAAACUCCUACUACUAAAUCUUCUCCUCAAUCUGCUUUAACGGAAUCGAGUAAAAAACCAGGUUCAAAGGUUUCUCAUGUCAUUUGCAAGUUUUACAAGGCUGGUAAUUGCUCCGCUGGUAGUGCUUGUCAAUUUUCUCAUAAUCUACCAGAGGUAGGUCAAGGUAAACCGGUCUGUCAAUGGUUUGUCAAAGGCAAUUGUCGUUUUGCACACAAAUGUGCUCUUGCUCACAUCCUUCCUGGUCAACCCAUGUCGAUGGAUCGAAAAAACAAGCGUGCUGCUCAAGCUGCUGCUCGUGAAGCUGCUGCUCCUAUCAAUACUGUACUAGCAAACGCAAACGAACAUCAUCCGCUCUCGGGUUCACCUCACGAUUUGAGCUUUCAUCACAAUCAACAUUCAGCUAAUGCUCACUCUGAUUCAACCGAUCCUAGUGAUUAUGGUCAAUCGGAUCCUGUUCAUUCCAACCAUUCGCAUCUCAACUCAAUCAACUUACAUUCUCAUCUACUCUCUGAUUUCGAUGGCGAUCAGACUCCUAAUCUAACCGAUGAACUCGAAUUUGGUCUACCAGAUGAUUUCACUCACCCUAGCCUUCGAUCUCAUCAUCUUGGUUAUCCGCUUUCCCCCCAGCAUGCUCAUCCGGCCAACUAUCCAGUGGCCGUUCCUUCUCCUAUUCAAACUCAUCUGACUACCGAUGUCUUUGGUGAUCACCCUUCUUACGCCUACAACUCUCGUCCUGUCUCACCAGCUCAACCUCGGAUCUCUAUUGCCAGAAGUCCUGCUCGACCUCGUGAUCAGAGUCCGAGCCCCUUUGGCUACGGCUCACCCUUCUCAGCACCUGGUUCUCGAAGCGUUUUCCUUCCUAGGUCUGGAUCCUUCAGUUCAGAGGAUGGUUUCCCAAAACGUGCUCCGUCCGUUGGUGCUAGUCCUCGUCAACCUUCGUUUGCAAAUAAUCAUCCUCAUUCAGAUGACGGUACGAUUUGGAACCAUUUGGACGCUGAAGACGAUGUCACCGAGCUUUUGCCGUCUUCCUUACAUUCUCUUUUGACACCUGAAGAACGACAGCGUCAACACUUACGAAAACAUACUCAUCAAUUGUUUUCUCAAUCGGUGCCUGUUGAUCAUCCUAUCAACAAGUCCUUAUCUGGACUUCCUCGACCGGCUAUCGUUCUUCAGGAUCCUCCAUCACUUUCUGUUUCACCUUUACCUAGCUUGUCAGUUUGUAGUAGAUCUCCACCUAACUUGAUGCUUGCUCAUCAGAGAGAAACAUCAGCUUCGACGCUUCGAGGUCAAGGUCAUACUCAGUUAUCAUCUUCAUACAUUCCACCAUCCCAUAACAUGGACAGCUGGCAAACGGUUCAUCAAAAUGUAGAAAUCAAUCAACACACUCAAACCCUUUCACCUUCUCUAAUCUCAUCUUCUAGACAAGAUAAUCAAAUCUAUGGUCAUGAACCGGGUAGUAGUUUACCUCAAGGACUUGCUGCUGGUUUAUCUAGAUUACACUUCCAACCACCUUUACAUACUGGUCUGACCCCUUCCUGUUCUCCUUCAAGUAACAGUAUCAUCUCUGGUUUUGCUAAUGGUCAUGAUCCAUUCGGUCGGGAUGGAACGGUGUCACCUCCUGCAUCUAAUUCAACUUUUGGCACGACCACCACUUCGACAUAUUUCAAUCCAUCCUUAAAAAGUUCUGAUGAAUUCAAUGGAAACAACUUACGAAUGCCUUCAGCUCUAUCCCAACGACUUGCAGGGUUGAAUUCUUCUAGUCAUUCGACUACUACUACUGCAUUUAAUGGGAUCAGUAACAGUAGUACAGCGAUUGGUAGACCGUUAUAUACGAAUAGUUCACCUUUGAGUAGGAAUGUUAGUUUUGGAUUUGAUGCUUAUCGAGCUACAGAAGAAGAAGAAAGUUUUGAAUCCUCUCUUCAUUCUCAUCCUCAACAAGAUCGGUAUCAUUCUACUCAUCAGAAUCAGAAUCAGAACCGAUUAAGAGAUUUGUAUAAUGAUGAUGAUGCACCUUUCGAAUUAGAGAUUUGAUUUUCCUUAAAAGAAAAAAAAAGAAAAAAACCGUAUUUCGAUUCUAGUAUAAAUCAAUCUUUUCUGUGUUUAAGUGUGUGUGUGUUGGUAGAAGUCAAAUAAGGGUUUCGAUUUUUUCUUAACAAAAUUAUAUAUAUAUAUAUAACAAAGUCUUUGUUCAACAAUAUUCUGUAUCACGAAAAAAAAAAUCAAAAGAGUUUUUUUAAAUGGAAACUUUCAUCAGAAGCAAAAAAACCAUAAAAAAUCUGUUACAUUCAAAUCAAAUCAAAUCAAAUCAAAUCAAAUCAAAUCAAUUGUUGAAGUGAUUGUUUUUUUUUCUUUCUGUGAAUAUUAGAAGACAAUUUUUUUAAACUGCUUUGUUUAUCUUUAUUCUUUAUGAUUUGUGUGUUGUGUUUGUGCUUGUUCUGUGUGUUGUGUGUUUUUUGUGUUUUUUUGCGUUAUAUGUUUUUUUUUAUCUUUGUAUGUCAUAACAAAGUUUAUUGAAAGCCUGAUUUCAAAGAAAAAAAUUACUUUACUUUAUAAACAUUUUACAUUUUCAACAUUUUAAGAGGUGUGCAUUGUAGGUGAAUGCAAUAGUUGAAAGUUUUUCUUUAAUUGAUUUUUUGAACUGAAAAAAUUAAACCAUUACUUUUUUUCUUUUUUUUCGCAGUGUUUUGGUUUUGUAAUCAUGUUUUGGUUUCGUUGAAAGUGUAGUACUUUAUUUACAUAUAAUAGAAGAGUCAAAAAAAUCAUUGGUGGAAAAAAAGUUGGUUUGGUUUUUUCUUUGGUUGAAAUGUCUAUGAUUUCUUAUUCUUUUGGGGGGGUGAAGGUUAUGAAUAAU